ACCAUUUCAAGAGCGACCACUUCAAGAGCGACCACUUCAAGAGCGCCCAUUUCAAGAGCGCCCACUUCAAGAGCGAGCGCCAGUCCAAGAGCGAGCGCCACUGCAGGAACGAGCACCACCUCAAGAACGGGCACCACCCCAAGAACGACCGUGGCACAUGAACUUCCCAGCUGGCACCACAGAACAAGACAUUGUUCGGGCCCGCCAGAAGCAGUUCAUGAAGCAGCAAUUUGCCUCACAGAAGCAGGCGCAAGCAGAAAGACAUGCAGCUUCGCCUUCUCCGCGUAGCUCGCCCGACAAGCAGACACCCCCAUAUUCUGCGCCUCUCGAGCAACCUCAAGCACACGGUGGAGGCUUCAGAGAAGUGUUGCCGAGGAUGUCCCCGCAACCAUUCGCUGCACCUCAUUCUGCACCCCUUGAUCGCCGUAGUCCACAGCAUACCCCAUCUCAUUCACAAGGGGGUGGGGGGUGGCCCCUCCACGCAACACCUAAUCAGAUCGAAUCUGCACAGACGGUGGCAGGUCCGCCACUAGCUUCGCAGGGACUGCGUACACCAGUAUACACUGGUGAGGUUGAACGUCACCCGUCACACGUCCACGAGCCACAACAUGCUGCCUAUGGCGAUCAACGAUACGAACCGACGCCACCAGCAGACAUGCAGAGAGUACUACCUCUCCAACAGCCCGGACACGACGAUGAUGAAAUUGAUGAUGCACCUCCGUCAUACGAUGGUCCCGCCGCACCUACUGUUGGCAUGGAGAAGAGCAACCCCGACCGCCCUCGUCCGCCGAACAUCAUAACAGCGCCCCCCAAUGACGGUCGCCAACACGAAGGACGACCUCGUCAGGCCUCCCUCGGCCUCAUGCAACACCCUCAACCCGCCUCCAUGGCCGCCUCCCCCCAACGCACAGCCCCCCACAUGGGCGCCGAGUCUCUUCGCCGCCAACUUCUCCAACAAGAAGAGCACGCCCGCAUGGAGCGCAUCCAGCGCUCGCAACUUCAAGCCGCCCAGCGCCAGCGCGAACAGCAGGAACGCGACGCGGCCCGCGCGCGCGCCCUCGAGCUCGAGCGCAGCGUCUCAGGCGGCGGGCGCGUCGGCAGUCUGCGCAGUGUCAGCGGCAGCCACAACGGCGGCGCAGGCGGCUGGGAGCGCCGUGGACUACAGGGAAGCACGAACCGCCCCGUGUUCGAGCUGCCAGCGCUCGAGGACGAGGAGCCGGUCAUGCGCGCGACGUCGUUUCCGGGGCAGGAGUGGGUGCCGCCCAUGUAUGUCGACGACUAAGCGACUUUGGCCGUUGCUUGGGUCCGUGUGGUCCACUCACCCUUUUCGCAAAAUUUGUACAGAACGAUGCAUACCAUGUUCUUUUUCUUCGAGGUCUGAGCGACGCUUCGUGCGUUUUGGCAUUUGAUUGGAUACCCCUCCUUUCCGCAUACACCUGUGCAGCAUAUUAGUAUUCAUUAUUAUGUACAUAGAGCGCUGUUCAAACGAUGCUGCCUUGAGUCGAGGCUCAUCAUUAAUGGAAUAGUUCUGACUUGUUUGGUUUCCUC